UUCCGCUAUAGAUUUCCGCUCAAUGGGACAUCGCCUUAAAACAAACCUAUAAAUGCGCGCAUAUGCGUAAAACGGGAUGCCGCCUGUGAACUAGUGCCAGUGCUGGGAAAUAAAACAAACCUUAUGUGUAUAAAGGAAUAAUAAAAAAUAAUUUGAUACAUAAUUUUCUUUACGCAAAAAUUAUGUUUUGUAUUACAAAAUUAUAUUUUCAACCAAAAGAUUAUAUGACAUAUGGUAUAUAUAUUGAUUUGAUAUUUACAAACUUCAAGCAUUGUAACAAAUUUUCUUCUAAACACAUUUCAAAGGAAUUAUACAAGACACUUGGUGUAGCAGAAGAUUGUGAGGAUGAAACAUUAAGAUUAGCAUUUGUUAAUCUUGCAAAGCGCUUUCAUCCAGACAGUGGAACAUUAGAUGCUAAUGCUGUUCGAUUUUCUGAAAUUGAAAAUGCCUAUAGGGAAAUUCGAAAACUUAGAAAUAGUCAGAAAAGUGAUAUAUCAUUAGAAAUGGAAAAUUUUGAUAUUAAGCACACAGCACCACAACAUCGUCAUUAUUUAACUUUUGAUGUGGGAAUUGGCACACCUAGCAAAAGGCAAAGACUAUAUACAAUUCAAAAAGCUCAAAAAACAGUUGAUAAUAUUAUGGAGCAUAGACUUAAGAAACUACAAGCUGAAGAACGUAAUACAUUAAUUGGUAUGGAUAAACAAAAAGCUAAAGAUGUUAAAACUCAAUAUGGUAUGGAUCGCUUAGUGGAGGAUUUAAUUCAAGAGGCAAUGAGUAAAGGUGAAUUUAGCAAUUUACCUGGAAUGGGAAAACCAUUAAACACUACAGAUAUUAGAAAUCCUUAUGUUGAUUUUGUGACUCAUAAAUUAAAUCAGAUAUUGAUAAAUAACGGAUUUACUCCAGAAUGGAUACAAUUAUCAAAGGAAAUUAGGAAAGAAAUUGAAGAAAUGAAAAAACAAUUAUUAGAAGCACGUAAUAAUGUAGGAGAGCUUCCAUUAACUUUGGAAGAUCAAUCAAUAUGGAAGAAUAAUUUAAGAAACUUCCAAAUUCUGGAAAAAGAGAUAAAUACUAAAAUUGAUAAGUACAACUUGUUAGUUCCUAUACUUCAGAAACAAAUGCUUCAUAUUAGAUUAGAUGACUUUGCUGAAAAAGCAUUAUUAGAGCCAUCUUCGAAACAUAAGUUACCUAUCAAAAAUUAUGUAGAUAUAAGUCACAAAAUUUCGAAUAAGAAUAUAUCUCAAGAUUUGUUUACUUUCAUAAUCAACUUAUUUGGCAGAAACGUUCCUUAGAAAGAAUAUACAUGAUAUAAAAUAGUGUAACAAGUAAGGAAGUUUGGGACGUUUUUAAAAAAUGACAACAGGUUUUGAAACUUAAGAAUCUUGUUUUUGGUCAUAAAAUAAAUUUUACAAAUUUUUUCAAUAUUAUUAUAUAUUAUUAUAUAUUGUUUCUAUGAAAAAAUUCCAAAAAAAAUUGUUGUUAAACACUCGGAAAAUCCAGACUUUCAACAUAUUCUUAUGGGACUCAUAUUUUGACAGAAAAAAUGUAAGGUAAAAAUGACACAGUUAUUUGAAAAAAAUUUGUACUGGUAGAUUAAGAACAUAGGAAUCACAGUGCAAAAGAUGAAAGACCUUUCUAUGCAAUUAAAGACAAAACUAAUUAUUAAAACACCAAAAACAACGAUUCCUAGAGUGAUGAAGAAAAUGUAGCAUCAGCGCACGUGGUAUCAGCUGGUCAUUUACUGUACUCUCUACUAUUCAGCAAAACUAAUCUCUUUUGUAGCAAUUGUGUGUUGUCAAAUGUAAAUUUUAUAAAUGUCGAUAAGAUAGAUACCAUCUGAUUUUUUUUCCUUCUUGAUUAACAGUGCCAAACUUCUUAAAUUAACGUAGAGUAAUUAAUUUAACACAUUAUGUGCAAUUAUUAAUACCAAUACUAUGCUGCAAUCUGCACAAGAUGUGUUAAUAAUGUAAAUAUGUAAAAAUGAGAAAGUGUGAAUAUAUAAUAAAAACAUUAAAUAUUGGA